AUGCUGCGCCUCUGCAAGCUGUCGGCCGUCUGGGACCGCCUCGAGCGCCAGAUCGGGUCCAUCACCGCCCUGAACGUGGUGAGCAUGCUGAAGGUCCUCGGUGUCUGGACGGUCAUCUGCCACUGGGGCGCCUGCGUCUGGUGGAUGGUCGGCAAAAGGGGCAGCCUGGUGAUGCUCCUCACGAUGCAGGACGACGACCCCAGGGAGAUCCACUGGACAGAGCUGCCGCGCAUGCACAGCGCGCAGGACGACUUCGGGCAGUGGACGUGGGUGGAGAGGCCCGCGUCGGAGCAGUACGUGUUCUGCUUCUACUGGAUCCUCGGGGUGAUGCGCACCAUGCCCGCCGAGGUCACGCCCGUCAACCUGAAGGAGCGGAUCUUCGUCCUCCUCUUCAUGUUCUUCGCGGUCAUGGCCUUCGCCGUCAACGUCAGCCGCAUCACGCAGGCCUGGUUCAGGUUCGGCGCGCGCAAGGACGCGUUCCGGGAGGAGAUGGCGUGCGUCCGCAUGUACCUGAGAGCGAUCAAUUGCGGGAGCACGCUUCAGCUGCGCACGCAGGCGUACCUGAGCCACCUCUUCGAGAAGCGGCGGCUCCACGCCAAGGAGCUGGGCCUGCUGAGCACCCUGCCCGAGGGGCUGCAGCGGAAGCUGAGCCAGGCCCACAGGAUCCACUACCUCAGGAUGAUCCCUCGGCUCGACGACUGGAUCGACUCGGCCCUGGGGCACGUCUGUGACGCCACCGAGGCGCUGGACUUCCUGCCCGGGGACAGGCUCACGCAGAAAGGCCACGACGCCGAGGCCGCGUUCGUGCUCAUGAAGGGCGGCCUGCAGGUCUACGAGCCGUCGCCCUUGGAGCCUGGCCGCCAGAGCGACGAGAGCCCCACAGUGAGGAUUUCGAUGCUCCGGCGGCGUCUGUCGGAGCUGAGCUGCCGGCCCGUGACGGUCGUGGACGAGCACUGCCUCUUCGAUCCAGGGGAGGCUGCGCCGAGCCAGGACACGGUGGUGGUGCUGGAGUGCUCCGAGGUGCUGCGGGUCGACCGGAGGAGGUUCCAGGAGGUGCUGCGGGCCCUGCACGCACGGCACGGCCAGGCCUCGGAGGCCCAGCCCGCGGCGGGCCUGGACACCGAACCUGGGCGAUACCGAGACCUGGGGCGCGCUCCAUACGAAUCAGUCGGGCGCCAGCUCCGGCUACCUCUCCCAGGGGAGCUCCGCGCUGGCCUCGGACGGGCACAGGCUGGGCAGCGGGGGCGUCGCGAGGUCCGCCGCGGGAUCCGCCGCGGGCGACUCCGUCGCCGAGGAGUUGAGAGGACCCCGGGCGAGCAGCUGCAGCGCUCUGGGGCGACGGGCCCGGCGGCGCUGCUGCAGUUUGCGGCCAGCAGCAUGACCGGGGGGUAA